AUGUUUUUUUAUAGAGUUAGCCCAAAGUGUUUGAUUCGGUCCAAUUAGAAAAUCACAUGCCCAAUAACCCAUCGUGUAUCGAUUCAUCCGACCGGCAUCUGUCUUUACCGCCGCUCAUCUCAGCCAGACGGCGGUCGUACGCUAUAUUGUUCUCUCAGUUUCCAGCUCCUCUUCCCCCCUUAGGUCGGACGCAGUCUACACCACGCCGUUCGUCUAGUAUCCCGAGAACACUAUGGAUAAAGAUGUAGUCGAGAAAUUGAAGGUUCAAGCUCUGAAGUUGGUGGGAGAAGCUGAUCAGUUGCUGCAUCAGAUUCCUCUGCUUCAUCUAUUUGCUGCCCUUGUAAUCCUGUUGUUGACUACUUUUUGGUUUCGUUUCAUCACCCUCAAGCGCAGAUCAUUUAAUACCAUUGUUUUAACUGGACUUUGUGGAAGUGGAAAAACUUAUAUAUUUUACCAGCUUCGACAUGGCGUGCCACCACAAGAGGGUACUGUCACAUCAUUGGAACCUAAUAGAGACACCAUUAAUCUACGUUCCGAGAUAACCAAGGAUGACAAAAUAAAGCUCGAGGUUGAUGUUAUUGAUGUGCCUGGUCACCAUCGUCUUCGGUCAAAAUUGGAUGAGUUUUUACCUCGGGCAGCCGGGGUUGUCUUUGUUGUGGAUGCUAUAGAUUUUUUAGCCAACUGCCUUGCUGCCUCAGAGUACCUUUACGACAUUCUGACCAAGAAAGAUGUGGUUCAGAAGAAGAUUCCAGUACUAGUAUUCUGCAACAAGGUGGAUAAAGUUACUGCACAUACAAAAGCGUUCAUAACAAAGCAACUGGAAAGGGAAAUAGAGAAGCUUCGUCAUUCAAGAACUGCUGUAUCAGAUGCAGAUAUUUCCAAUGAGUUUACACUUGGAACACCUGGAGAACCGUUCACAUUCUCCCAAUGCGUGAACAAGGUAGUAGUUGAAGAAGGCUCUGCUUUGACUGGUGAAAUCACUCAGAUAGCUGCGUUUAUUCGGGAGAAUGUGAGGCAUUGACUGAUCUUGCCUGCCCAUUCCUCCAUCGUUUAGAAUGAAAUUUUUCGAAUUUGAUUGAUACUGUCGGAAAUUUGUAGUCUGUUUUGGAGAGAUGUAUUAUUGGUUUUUAGGAAUUUUUAUGUUAGAUGUUUCAAAAAUUCUAUAGGUACCCCAAAUUGUACCCCAAUUUGUACCCACCCCCCUGAAUUGCCUGUGUACACAGGCAAUUCGUUUGAAAGAGGGCAGAACUUUCUAUCCAAAUGUCUGUGUACACAGACGGUGUACACUUUGGGGUACAAAUUGGGGUACCCCAAGCAGCUCUCUAGAUGUUUUCCUUGAUAAUUUCAUCUCCUCUACUCCUUGUCUCCAUCCAUGACUGCUUUUCAACAAUUAUGACCAUGUAUUUAACUCUGCUCAUGUCUAGAACAUUAUGAGCCCGUUUGGUAACACUAAAAUUGGCUGUAUUGGCUGAUUCUACUGAAAUUUAUGAAGUUCUGGC